AUGACCUCCGAUAAACAAAACAAUGGCCAUCUCGCCAAACCGUUCACGCCCACCCUCUCGGCGGCCUUCCACCGCACCAGCAAGGCUCCUCUGACGCCGAAACUGGCCAGUCCAAGCCCUGGAUAUCCAGUGGCUCGUCGCCUUGCACAUCCCGACCACCCCUAUUCCACCCCCACCAAGGACGAUGUCGCCUCCGUCCCUCCGUCUUUCCUGAGCGCAAACGUCACUCCUCGAUCGGGUUCACGCACCACCCGCCGCGAUGCUGCUUUCCCCUCGCCCACGAAUACCCCGUCUACCAAUUCUCCACCGGCCCCCUACUCUCACGCGACGGUCGGCCUCGGUGUCAAUGGCGUGCGACGAACAGAGCGGAGCCCAGCUCGCGGGGUGAAGCCCGAGCAGUCGAGAAGUUUGAGGGCAAAGACAUUGACGGCAGAAGGUCAGCAAGCUUCACGUCCGAACUCGUUUACUGAUCUCGCGUCCAAUGCCCCAAUGUUCUUCCACGCCUCCGAUGCUCGAUCAACAACCUCUUCCGAGGUAGAAGGGCCGGCCCGCCAAAAGCAGGGCAAGAUGUCCCCUGCCUCGAGCUUCGUCUAUGCCAACGGUGACCAGGAACGACAGUCUUCGGUAGAAGACUUUCACUCGACUGUCUCCAGUGCCAAGCGUCGUUCUGGAGGUCUCCCUCGCCCUGCUCCUUCAUCCAGACCAGCUGCCUCACCGUCUCCUCGUCUCAAAUCCCCGCGAAUUUCCGAUGCCACCUCCCCCUCUUCCGAUGAUACAAUCUCUCAACACAAUGGAAAUCCUGAUAUAGCACUAGUAGAGAGCAUUAUCCAGCGUUACGGCUCUUCUCCGAGCGUCGCUCCUGAAAUACCGCAGCCACUUUCACUCCGACAGCACAGAAAAUCUUCGAGUGUGGGCUCGAGCGGUCAAGUCGCUCCUUCUCUUGAAUGCCUUCAAGCGAGUCCUGUGGUCAUUUCUAAUACUCUGGGUGCGGACGGAACAACGCCUGUCAUGUCCGAUCAAAUCCCGACAUUACGCCCCCGAGUCUUCAGCAAUGGCUCUUCUGUGUCGACGGGGCCCCAUAUAUCCAUGCCUCUAAGCCCGGGAAAGUCUGAUGGACCGAGUGAUAUGGCAUUGAAUGCGCGGACGGAGCGUAAGAUUAUGGAUUUGGAAAUCAGUAAUUCUUCUCUUUUGGCCAUCAACAGGACGCUUGAACGAGAGAUGCGGAAACAAAACGCAGAGUUGCGAAGAUAUCGACGACUCAGCCGCUCUGGACGGCUCUCUAUGGCACCCUCUACGCGUUCCUUCUCUGGUGCUGCGUUGUCUACGACGAGUGAAUUGGAUGAAGUGAACAGCGAGCUUUCAUCAUCUCUAUCCCGGGAUGAAUUAUCUGAAUCCAGCGAUGAAGACUCGGUCGUGGAUGAAGGUGUUCUGAGUCCGGAUUCACUUGCAGAACACGAUGCGAAGCACCGUGCACACGAUGAGAAGAAAUUCAUGCUCGAUCUCGCCCGGCACCAAGAGCUUCUGAUUGAUAGCCAGAAGCUGAAUCAGAGCCUCAAGCGCUGUCUCGAGUGGACCGAAGAACUCAUCAAAGAAGGGCGGAAAGCUCUUGAGUAUAAUGUCCGCGUCCAGGAUGUCGAGCUGGGUGGGCGAGUUCUGUCUCCCGAGGAGGUGGGCGAGGUCGGUGAGAGCGGUCGAGGCUUACUCAGUCCUUCAACUGAUUAUGCUUCCAUUUUCCACCAUGAUACCUCAAAAUUUGACGACUCAUAUUUCGAUCCAGCGGCAUUUCCUUUACCCUCGUCCCCAGGUGGGACUGACUAG